CGCUUCAAAUGAUAAGACUGUAAAAUGCCAUGUAGGGUACAUACACUAAAUCAUAAUUAGUAGCGUAGUAGGUUUUUUAUAUGUAGUAAGUAUUAUACCUCAAAGAUCAAGUUGUUAUCCCAACUUAAAUAUUGCUGCCAGGUUAUUAUACCUACCUACCCAAAUUAUUAGGUAAAUAUUGAAGUCCUGUCCUGACUCUUGAAAUAGUGCUAGGCUAGGUAGCAAGUGGCGGAGAGUUUUAAAGGAGUUGUUUUACGGAAUCGAGAACCGCAAGCAGGAUUGAGGAAAGAGACGAUCCAGCCUUUUCCUAUCAGUGGGAGUUUAGAUAGUUGGCACCUCCAGCUACGAGGCUGGAAGAUUUCGAGUACCAUUGGAAGAUGAUACUCAACUUCUACCAAAAUUACGAUGACAGUACCAAGGUACACAUCGAAGACACACGGAUACCUCACCAUUUGCAUCAAAUGCUUCAGCUCAUAGUAGAAGAAGAGAAGGAGCAACAUGGAGGCACAGUGGGCGGGUGCUUAGAGGCUGUGGUGAACAGGAAAAUAUGUUUGCUAGAUGCACUGCCUGCGAUCGCAGCUGCCGACCGACCGCCGGGUGCCAGGGCUCUAGCACUAAACACUGCCACACAACUGCUUCGCAGGACGAGACAACCAUGUGUUAACAGUGCUAGUGUAUUUAGGCCUUUGCAGCGUAUGUUAAUCCAGUGUAAUGAGAUCCCAGCUUCGCCGACGGAGAAGGAAGAAGUAGAAUUGUUGCUUACUCUAUGUGGUCUUGUGAGAAAAGAGCCGGGUUUAGCUAACAUCUUUACAACACCCUUUGUAGAAGACAAAGCCAGUUUGCUCACUAUACCUGAGGAUAUACAGAAACUUAUACCUAUUAAGAAACUUAAGAUGCAACCACCAAAGAAGAACCCAUUGUUUGAAGUAGAGUUACCCGCAAACCCAUUAAGAAAUGUGUCGAUAAUCCGGACAUGUUCUAGAGAUGAACACUGUCACACAGGCUCCAGUAGUUCUAUGGCAGAUGAGAAUGCGUCGUGCAAGAGCCAAAAGACAGUCUAUGAUGAUAAUGAUAAGUUCCUCUUGAUUGACCUACUCCUCUCAUAUUUAAAUAGUGCUGAUAAUCAGGUAGUGCUCAGAGCGUGUGAAGGCAUAAUGAUAGUAUCUUCACUCCCGGAGGACGAUAUAGCCAACUUGGUGACGUCAUGCAGCCCCGCUUGUGAGACCAUCGUAGACAAGCUUGCGGCCAAGUAUAAGAACGUGCCGGCCAAUGUUGACCCGAAUGACGUCGAUCAUUUGAAUAUCACUUGGGCGUACGUGGCACAAGAUUAUGGGGACAAAUCAUACAACAAGUUUCAUGGAUACAGAGAAUUGACGAGUUUCUUUUCCUGGUUGGAUUACUGUGAUACACUUAUGAAGGAAUGCCACCCGGCGAUAGCGGCGCAUUUGUCACGCACAUUUCGGCAGAGCUUCCUCGAAGGCGCGGCGGAGUCAGGGCUGACCGACCUGCACCACGCGCUGCUCGUCACCGCUAUACUCAGCAAGUGUCUCAAGGUCGUUGACUCCUUCGACCUUAUCAAUGAGUUUUCCAACUGGCUGGUGGGCGACGGCGAGGUAUCUGAGUGGCCGCUACUUCACACCCUGAUCAGCAACUGCCUGACUGACGAUCACGACCUCACGCUGGAGACGCUUAGGUUUUUCGAGACGAUCAUAGAAAAAGGCACAGAACACAGCAUCCAUAGAUUAGUGUUGGCUAAGAUAUGUACGAGAGGCUAUUUCACGGUGCAAACGCCCUUGGAGGACGACGAGCGAGACAGACUGAAUGAUGUGCCGCUGUGGAGAGAAAGGGAGAGUAAUAAAGAGGCGAUGAAACAGCUGCAACACGAGGACCACGUCAACGAGCAGAUCACAGACAUUCUCUCACACGAAGGGCUCGACCCGAAGGAGCAGGGCGACUCCAACGACAACAUACACAGAAUUAUAAACAGUUUCCUGUUAUUGCUGCCGCGCGCCAUCCUGUCCGACCCGGUGGGCGCCGACUACGAACACUAUAUACAUGAUGCGCAUAGGCAUUAUCAGCUAUGGCUCGACGUGACAGCGAACUUUAACUGGCCCAACGAGCACAGCUACACGGACAACACGGCGAGCUCGACACACAGCUACGACAGCAGGCCCGAGGCGGACAUACACCUCGACGACGUCUUUGACACAACUAAAACACACAAACAGAAAUGCUGCACAGACAAGAACAAAAACUGUACCAACGAGUGCCUCUUCUCCCAGAGAUUAGUCCUUAGAAGUAAAGACAUGACUAGCUCCACAGCAGACGACGAGUUCGAUGAAGGGCCGUUCUUUAAAAUGCUGUUCAAACUGCUUGCCAACAUGCCUCAACAACCUUACCAAGUGAAUUUGCAUCUAACGUCUAUCAUAUCAAAGUUAGCGUUGAUGCCGCACCCGAAUUUACACGAAUAUCUGCUGAACCCAAUGCUGCCAACUGCGAAAAAGACGCAGACUCUCUUCAAAAUUCUGCAGGACGUGGCUAAACGGUUGACGAUGGAAAUACCAAGACUGAGGAAUUAUAAGAAGGUGAUCGAGAACACGAGGUUGCAGCUGAUGAGUGAGGAUCCAAGUUAUGAUGAGAGCGGCGAGCACAACCAGCUAGUGGAGAGUCUGAUAGUCCUCGAAGAGUUUAGCAAGGAGCUCGCGGCGAUCGCUUUCGUAAAAUUUCAGCAUUCUCUUCAUAUGCACAGGUAACUUAUUUAGAGCACGGAGUUAGGAACAGUGCAAUCAGUGAACGACGUUUUCGACCAUCUAUGUAUACUAUUACUAAUUUAUUUAUUAUCUUACCGGAUGUAAUAGAUUCGUAAGUACUUGUUAUAAAUAUUCGUUCACCGAUUGUCCCAUGUAGGUAAGUUAACUUUGUUUUACUAACAAUAGACAUAAUUGCAUUUUAUAUUGUUUAGAUACGCAGAUAGUUAUUUCUAUAUGUAUACAUCAGUAUUUAUGUGAUUCUUCGCAAUAACAAAUACCUUUGAAGACCUAAGUAAUAGUAUUGUGCCUAAGCCGAAUAGUUAUUUAUUGAUCACGUUAUGAAUGCAAUAUAUUAUUAUACGCUACAGUUGACAGCUUUAGGAUAAUGUUCGAGACGUCUGUGACUGUUCUAGGCUGGAAAUACGCACCCCAAUGCCUUAACGAAGUGCAAAUUAACCCCUUAAUUCCUCUGAAAUAUACAAAAAAGUCAGAAUGUUAAUGUGUAAAUACCCUAUGUAUUUUGGGUCAUUAUAAUCCAGUUCUCGUUAAUGUUGUAUAAUUGUUGUCUAAAUUAAAUUUGUAAGUCUAGUCUUUGCAGAAGAGUAGUUCUACGCCGGUACACAUAUACCAUAGUCUUAUUCUAGUCGAGAUUUCACAUUCCUUCAAACAUGUAUUGUUUUGUAUUUUAUGGAUUUUAUAACUGUGCUCUCUGAAUUCAUUUUGAAAACCCAGUGCACACUACGUAUUUUAACAACAUUAGAUAACCUCACAACUAUACAGGGUGUUAGUGACAUCGUAACGAAUACUGAGGAGAUUCAUCAGACCAUGAUUCUGAGUUAAUUAAUAUCAAGUGGAAUUUUCCGUCGCAAAUUCAUGUUUUUUUAGUUUUUAUUUCAAUUCUAUACUUUAUACUUUUGCGAUGGAAAAUUCCACUUGAUAUUAACUCAGAAUAAUGAGCUAAAUCAGCCCCCUCAGUAUUCGUUACGAUAUCACUUACACCCCAAACCAGUAAAUACAGUAGCCAUACAAGUACGUAUCGGUGUUAGUGACACCGUAACGCGACGCUUGCGUUUGCGAGGGAAAAUUCCACUUGAUAUCAACUCAGAAUCAUGCCUGAAUCAUCGCUCAAAGUUUUCGUUACGAUGUCACUAACACCCUGUAUAGUUGGAGGUACAUCCAUCGCAAGAUAAACUAAGUACCCAUACCUCACCGAGUUUUGUAUAGUUGGAGGUACAUCCAUCGCAAGAUAAACUAAGUACCCAUACCUCACCGAGUUUUCCCGAGUUUAUUUUUCGUUCAGACAGUCGAAGGCCUAAGCUGUGGGUACUUUUUUGUCCGCGAUCUUAUUAUGUUGUAACUCGUGUUACUACUAAGCCUAAGAGGCUUCAAAUCUUAUUAAUCGGCAACUGCUAGUGGAAAUUUUGGAAAAUAUUAUACUUAUAAAUUCUAUUAUGUGCAUUUGUAUAAAACAAACAUAAAUUAUCAUGGGCAGUAAAGUGUUCAUGAUAUUAUAAAUAUAUUUAUAACAAAUCUUUAGGAGUUGAGCAUAGUUAAAAAUUGUGUUACCUCUAUUAUAACAGCUACAGUUGCAUAAAAUGUAUCAUGUAUUUUUUAUUUAUAAGCACAAGGAUAUUAUUUAUAAAUGAUUAUAAAUUAAAUGCGCUUGUUAAUAUUGA